GGCGACAUCAAAGCUUGGCAAUACCCCCUUCCAUCAUACCUUAGGGGGGUGUCCAUCAAGUCGACGGGGUGAAUUUUAUUUUGUGCGGUAUGAAUGCUUUUUGUUUUUUAUUUGUUUAAAGCCAGAUUAAUGGUUGCUAACUGUGGUUCAGAAAAUCAGAAAACUCGUUCUUAUCGUGUUUUUUUGAAUAUCAAAAAUAAAAUAAUUAUAAAACUGAUUUAAGCAUUGAGCUCUCAUUUUUCACUUGAAAUGGAAUAUGGGAAAAUGAGACUUUCGGUGAUAAGUUCAGUCAUCAAGUAAAUAAGAUAAAAUAAUAUUAGAUUAGAUUUUGAUUUUUCAAGUUAAGUGCAUGAUUUGAAAGUUCGGAAUGAUCACUUCAAGGAAUGUUGAGAGAAAGCCGUGGAGAUUGACAGGAAUAAGAAUUUUUAAGUUGUGAAAAUGUUGGGAACAAAACGGAGAACUUUUAGAAGACAUUUGGGAGAAGCACUCGUUGCUGGAUUGUGUCUAGUCCUGUUCUGUGAAUAUAUUAUUUAUUAUGUAGUACUUGUUCAGUGUGGAUGGGCCUCGCUCGACCCUCAGAGGGCAGAUUCAACGAUAGCAUCUCCAAAGGCAGAGGAAAGACCUGUGAGGGCAAUGUUUCUUGCUGACACCCACUUGUUGGGUUCACGAAAGGGCCAUUGGUUCGACAAACUCCGAAGGGAAUGGCAGAUGCACAGGGCCUUCCAGACAGUCAUGGUCCUUCACAAACCCGAUGUUAUUUUCAUAUUAGGGGAUGUUUUCGAUGAAGGGCUGUGGUGUGGCUCCUCGGAAUUCGAGAAAUACGUCCAGAGGUUCAACUCCCUCUUCGCAGUGCCUCCGAAUUCAUAUCUGUACGUAGUAGCUGGAAAUCAUGACAUGGGCUUUCACUACGUGAUAACUCCCUACCUGAACCAGAGAUUCAUGAAUGCGAUGAGAGCUCCGAGUGUCAAGAGAGUCACCAUCCGAGGGAAUCAUUUUGUUCUGGUCAAUAGCAUGGCCAUGGAGGGAGACGGUUGCUUUCUUUGCAGACCAGCUGAAGUAGCUCUCAACAAAAUAGCUAAACAUCUCAAAUGUGCCAGAGGAAUUGGGGAGUGUUCCAUCCACCAAUCCAUCAAGAGGUACAGCAGGCCAGUGCUCCUGCAGCACUAUCCCAUGUACAGGGAGUCAGAUUCCCUGUGCUCUGAGCCUGAUCAGGCUCCUGAGGAGAUCAAGGACAUCAAGUUCAGGGAGAGGUGGGAGUGUCUCUCGAGAGAGGCCUCCGAACAACUCCUCGAUAUCCUCAAUCCUCGGUUGGUCGUCGAUGGUCACACUCAUCAUGGAUGCAGGAAAAUGCAUGGAGAGGACACCCUCGAGGUCACUAUCCCGUCGUUUAGUUGGAGGAAUAAGAAUAAUCCUUCCUUUCUGAUGGGUGUCUUCACUCCAGAUAACUACGCUCUCUCAAAAUGCUACAUGCCAGAAGAAUCAACGGUGAUAUCCAUCUAUACCUUCGGUGGAAUUUUCAUCGUUCUUUAUUUACUCAUCAAAGCAAAACAGAGGAUGAAUCGUCACAAUUUCUUAAAACUCCACUGACACACAUUUUAUUGAUAUGGCUUUGAUCCUCGAUUAUUAAUUCAAUUUCAUGAGAUUCGUACGAAAUUCCAUUUACAUUUAUACAGAAUUAUUUCGUCGGAACUGUAUGGAGAAUUGGACGUUCAUUGACGAGCAUUCGACAGAAUGCCACUGUACAUAAAAUAAAUAAUUGUUAAUGAAGA